GGGCCUCGUUGGGGGCAUGGAGAGUCGGCGACACCGCCAGGCACGGCCGCAGCGCUCGUGCCGCUCGUGCCGCCCGCAGCGCAGAUAGUUGAAGCUUCCAGCCCUCCAGGCCGCCCGCCCUCACCAUGGCGUUGGUGAUGCUGCCAUGCGACGUGCCCUGGUGGCCGACGCUCGUCAGGCACCUGCAGUUCAUCGGCGAGGCCAAGAACCCCGCGGACUUCGUGGAGGGCAUGCUCAAGAUCCACAGCAUGUGCAACGUGGGGCUGGACCCCGACGAGCCGGAGCGUCCCGACCAGACGGUGUUCGAGGGCCUCAAGCGGUUCCUGGACGAGGUGGACGCGGCCGAGCGCGACCACUUCCUGCAGCACACGGGGCCCGCCAUGGUGCGGCGCGCCCUGGACCUCAAGAACCUCAAGCCCGCCGGCGGGCUGCACUUCAGUCUGCAGCAGCAGGGGGACCACGUUGAGUACGACAGGCCCUUCGUCGCCAGCCUGCUCGCACACGCCUUCUUCUCUUCCUACCCGAAGAGGACCCCAAAGACUCACCCAACUCUACAAGACUGCAACUUUUCCAUGUUUUUCAAGAAUUUAGAUCAAAAGUGCCAAAGAGCGAAGUUGAGAAGUAUCUGGAGGUACUUCGACGAAAUGGAGCUGGAGACAGCGCCGACUGAAAAAGUUGUGAUAUCGAGAGAAGUCAUGACGGGCAGAGAGUGGCUGACCAUCGAGGACUGGCUGGAGUGCGGGCUGCCGCUGUGCCCGCUGGCGGUGCGCCACGAAGGACGACUGGAGCGCGCCGAGCCGUCCGCCCUCAGGGUGUGCUUCUCCAACAGCAGGCUCGGCGGCGCGGCCCUCGAGGACGGCUCCUCCCAGGAGGCGGUGCAGUACACGACGUGCCCCGAGCUGGUGGCCGUGCUGCUGCGGGUGGAGGCGCUGGAGGACAACGAGGCCCUCAUCGUGGAGAACCUGCUGCAGGUGUCGCGCAUCGUGGACCCCCGGCACCGCGCCACCUUCGAGCCCGUCACGGGCGGCGUGCUGCUGGCAGUGUGCUGUCUGGACCCCGAGAACUACCGCCGGCUGCCGCUCAGCCAGUUCGAGGAGGACAACGUGCUGCGGGAGCUCAACAAGGCCCUGCUGGGCUUCCGGCAGCACCGCUGGGUCUCGCCGCCGCAGCCCGCCGCCCCCGACGGCGGCCACGCGCACCGGGACCACCACCAGCGGCGCCUCUCGCCCAUCGGGGAGUCCUUCAGCUCGCAGCAGUCCGACGCCAAGGAGGUGGGUGCAGCGGCGCAGCGCAGUAGCCGACAUCGGCGAGAUUUACAAGCCGUAUUCAAGAAGGAACAUAAACAUAAAAGCUUCAUCGUGCUGGGCUCCUCGGGGGAGUGCCUGCCGGUGAGCAGGCGGAAGAUCAUGACGGGCGGGCUGGGCCCCGCGGUGCAGCCCAGGGCCCCGUCGGUGCCGCGAGGCCAGGCCGCGAAGGACGCCGGCAGCGACGACAGCGACGAGUUCCACAGCGCGCAGUCCAGCCCGGAGCGCAGCGAGGGUGACGUGGACGAGGACGGCGCGCGGAGGUACAGCGCCGAGCUCGACUCGCCGCAGCGGAGGACGGCCUUCGCCGAGCGCCUCCGCGAUGCCCUUCGCAGAGAGGCCCUCAGCUCGCACAGCGAGGACUCCAGCUACGCCGUCGGCAUCACCGUGGCCGGCACGGGGCUCUCGGACGAGGACAUCCGGCUCCGGCGCGGUGGCUCCCGCGGCUUCAUGCUGGACGACUCCGUGUCCGUGGAGAGCUACACCGCCCCGCCGGUGCGGCGCGCGCUCGCCCCCAAGCUGCAGCGCUCCGGCUCCUCGAUGUACAGCUUCGACACGGAGCUGAGUUCCGACGUGGAGGACGCGUACGAGGCCUACGAGCAGUUCGGCCGCCUGCUCGAGGACCACCGGUCGUCGUCGGGCAGCCGCUCGCACUCGUCGGAGGGGCCGGACCGCGACCUGGCCGUGGCGCAGUUCGCGAGCCGCCUCCUCAAGCGCACGCUCAGCGACUCGUUCGCCGGGGGCGCCUCGGCCACGGGGACGGGCCGGCAGCGGCACCUCAAGCUGGCGCACAUCGCGAGGAGCAUGAGCCUGGAGCUCGCCAAGCACCGCCACCGCCUGGCCAGCCAGCUCGUCCUGCAGCUGGAGGCGUCCCUGAGCGGGGAGCACACCGGGGCCGCGGGGUCGGGCAUGCGCGCCGUGGCCUCGGGGAACUGGGGCUGCGGCUCGGAGCGCGCGGGCGACCCGCAGCUCAAGCUCAUCAUCCAGUGGCUGGCGGCCAGCGUGGCCGGCGCGCCCUGCCUGGUCUACUACACUUGCGGCCACCACAAGCUUCUCAAGUUGGACACUAUCUGCAGAAUAGUUCUUGACCGACACUGGACUGUCGGUGAGCUGGCGGAAGCUGCCCUAGGAUUUGCUCAAACCUGCCUUGACAGCCCCAGUCCACCCAACUCAGGACAAGCUCUGUUUGACGCUCUACUUGGGGUGGAACGAUAAUAAUUUAUGUGUUGUUCUUAUAUAAAAAAAUGUCUUUGUGAAAAAUCGGA